UGAAGGUUGAAGUGUGUGAAGAGAAAAGUUGGAAGAGUGCGACAAGUGUGUCUUCUACCGUCGAAGGCGAGAUUGGUGCAUAGACCGCACGCAAUACCAACCCACAAAACGCUAAACACAACCAAAUCAAACCGAACAAGGUUGCCUUUUCCAUUUCAAACACCUCUUCCACCGUUUUCUCCUAUUCACUUUACACACGCAUACAUAUUCAACCUUUUCCAAUGCCUCCACCACCUCCUAUUCACUUAUAACUUCAAACUUUAUAACAUUAGUGUACAUAACAAAAACCUUGAAGAGGGUGAUCGUGGAAAAAAACCAAUUCAUUAUUCUCUCAACUCUCACCAUGACAACCACUUGCUUCCUAAACCUUCCUCCUCUCACGUCAAACCAAUCUUCCAAAGCUUCUCCAAUCCCCGCAAAGCCACUUUCAUCGCUGAAAAACGAAUCAUGUUGUUGGAAGAGACAAUGCGUUGUGAUGGGAGUGGCAUCGUACGUGAUUGGAGUAGAAAUGUGCAAUUCAAUGACACUGCCUCAUGAAACGCUUCAAAUCACCACCUUCCCAAUUGCUCACCAAGUAUCCAAUGUUUCUGGCGGCGCCGCCGCCAAAUGGAGCCAGAAAAGAACGUGCCCUCCGUGGCAAGGCAAUUCACUGGAAACCAUCGUGCCGGAGAAUCUCCCACGGCCCUCCGCUCGCCGCCGAUACGAGGCCGUCCGUUCCUCCUCCCAGACUGCGCCACCGCUCUCCGCCCCAACUCGACUUAUUCCAAGCAACCACGGCAGUUGCUUCUCCAUGUGAAAUUCAACAUGCAAACGCAACCAUCAUUUAGUUGUACAUAAUUAAUGUUUGUUAUUAAUAAUUGAUUCCCGUUUUACACGGAUUAAUUUCCUAAUCAUAUUCAUGUGCACGUUUUUAUCUUAUUUCAAUGAAAACUUGGAAAAUAUCUUAUGAUAA